AUGACCAUUGAUGUUAUGUUGCCUGCGCAUUCCUUGAGCACCUUGAGCAAUGACGACAUUGGCCCACGCGGUGGCAGACGGACUGCCCUCACGGAGUGGACCGAGGAGGAGAAAGCGGAGGAGAUCGCCGUCGGAGUUUUGCCCGCGUGGGUUGUCCACUGUAUGUACACCCCUCCAUUCGAGACACCCCAGCAGGACCCUGCAAGCACCAGCAAGCACCAGCAAGAAGCACCGCCCAGGCACCCGCGUCUGCGCCUGCUUCCAGCAAGGACCCUGCCAAUCCUGCACGCCCUGUCGCCGCAUUUCCUUUUUCGGACGAGCCACUCCUCUCGUUAUGGUCAUUCCACUUGCUAUGUAGGUUGGUACGGUCAUCGGUCGCCCGACAAAGACAAGGUAGCCACAUUCAAGAAGAACCAGCCGAAACGAAAGGCCGAGGUGGAUGCCAUCAACCGUAGUGAUGGUGGUGAUGUGGUGCUGGUUCAGCUGCUGGAGGCCGCUUUCCAGCCUGGCUUCUAG